AUGAACGACCAUUCGACCGAAAGGCUGGAGACAUUAGUCUUCGACUAUGAAGAUGACACAAUUCAGGGGAUGCUCCGAUUCGCCACCGAGAUAAGGGACCGGCGACUCAAGUAUUGUCGCGAUCGUCAAGCAAUACUGCAAGCACAACGCUCUGCGCUAGCUGCCCUUGCAGGCAGACCAGCACCACCACCCUCAGGUCAUACCUGCCCUGCUGCAUCAAAUCAAGACGCACCCGCUCCACCAAGAAAUAAUGAUAUGAACCAACGACCAGGCGAAGGCCAGUGUUCCGCCCCUUGCACAACAAGUGCAAAUUUUGAAAGGAUAACUUCUCAAGGUCCACCAAAUACUCAAGGGACGCAUAUCCAACAGCCCAAGGUUGUGAUCAAACCUGCCACACCAACUCUGCCUCCUGGGCAAAUGCGAGAAAUGCACCUGAUUCCUCCACCACACCCACAAUUUGUCGACAGCUGUGGAUCCGAAGGGCCUCCAGCUGAUAGGCGAGCACAGUCAACUCCUAAUAAUUCUUGCGUGGAAGAAGGUCGUGCAAGUCAUAUUCAAUUUUCUCCCCAAGUGGACACGUGCACUGCUUCUCAAAGUCCUACCACUACAAAAUCAACUACAUUCACCCAAUCGUCGUCUCAUCUGACUACGGAAAGAUCUGCCAGAUCGUGGGGAGGAUGUCGACACCCGUGUGCCAUGAUCGAAUGUCCCAUUUGUCAAGGGGCACUUCGAGUUAGCUUAACUCCGCUGUGUGGGGACUCGGUGGGGACGCGCUUACGUGGUGGUGCACCUACUACAACGGACACUGGUUGUACUACUGGCAAUACCAGUUCAAAUAACACGGGCAGUACACUUGCUCAACAACAGUACCUCACUGACAUCACAUUAUCUGGAUCCUCGGGUCGGUCGGCAGUACAGCAUGUGCACAAUAUCACAUAUCCUCCAGCAAAUUUUCAUCAAAUGCAAAAUCAAGAUCAGGAGCAUCGUUAUAAUUCAAAUCCGGAAAAUAUUGCUUCCCAUUCGUUUCAAAUAUUCACUAUGACUGAGGCACCAUUAAAGAGACCAUCGCUCCAAGACUUAUCGCUACUGCAGCCGACCACCAACAAAAAUCACACCUUUGGAGGUUGGUCAGGAGACAACGGAAAUCCUCCUGCCGAACCGUUCCAAUGUUACCUCAAUUCAUCUCGUCAUCAAAAAGAACAGCAUUAUUCCUCAGAGUCCGAGUCGGAAGACACCUACCCAUUCGUGCCUUCUUGCUGUAGUUCGUCUCCUCCACCUCCACGUAUUACCCCAAACAAGGGAGAAGGUCCAGAAAAUUGGAAACUCGCUGAUAAUGAUCAUUCUGUCCGACAGAAAAGAAUGGAAAUCCCACUUGAUCCUAGCAUAAUUAAUUAUUUGUGAUUCUAUUCCCAUUUAAAUUACACACGUCUACGCAACCAAUAAAAGGAACUACUGUAAAUUAUGUAUAAGUAACACAUUAAUGAAAUGACUGUAAUGGUAUCAUGCCGAUGAAGUUGUAUCUACAAGAUGAAUAGUCGUUGGGCAU